CUUGUGUGACCGAGAUUGGCAAUCUAUCCAGAUUCUCCUCUGAAGCGAGACUUUCCAAAGGACCAAUGACUCUGUUUCCUGCGCCCUUGCAGUUCUUCCUACUGUGUAGCUAUGUCGCGAUCUCGCCAUGCAAGGCCUUCCAGGUUAGUCAGGAAGGAAGACAUAAACAAAAAGAAAAACAGCCAAGUGAAGAAGCCAGCCAAGCCAGCCAACAAAGAUGUGAUAUUGGUCAAGCCCGCGAACCCUGGGAAGCUAAAGCAAUUAAUUCAAGAAAGAGAUGGUAAGAAGAAAACGGAAGCCAAACCUCCAAUGCCAACCAGAAGCCUUCUGACCCGAGCUGGCGCAGCCCGCAUGAAUUUGGAUCGGACCGAGGUUCUGUUCCAGAACCCAGAGUCCCUAACUUGCAAUGGCUUUACGAUGGCUCUCCGCAGUACCUCUCUUAGCAGGCGGCUCUCCCAGCCCCCAGUGGUCACAGCCAAACCCAAGAAAGUCCCACCUUCCAAGAGUUCAGAAAAGCAACGUGAGUGUGCAUAUAAGGUACUUCCGGGCAUAGGAGUCAAGCAUUCAGAAAAUGACCGAGUCCCAAACCCAGACCCGCCAGUCCCCCUUGAUACAGAGAAUGUAAUUGGUGUACAAAAUGUGUCUUUAGGUAAUGGUGAGAGUCCAGAGACAACCCAGCCUUGGUCUCAAACCACAGAGGAGUCCAAAAUCAGUGUCCCCACACCCACGUCCCCAGCAGGUGAAAUCCUGUCUGGCUUGCUGGAAAGGUCACAUUGUGGUGAAGGGCUCCUCUCUGAACGGAUACCAAAUGAUACCCGCCAGUCCUCAUGCACGUUUCCUCAGGACACCCUGUGUGCUCCUUUCUCCCAAAGAGCAGCCACCGAAGUUACCUCUCCCAGAAACCCUAACAUUCAGUUAGAAGACUUGGGGUCACGAGUACAAUCUCUAAAGCUGAUCGAUUCUAGCCCCGAUCCUGUCCGAAGUGAGCAGAAUAGCUGCCCGUCCUCUGCUUUUAAUCAAGGUGUGCUUGAACAGGACCUCAGAAGCUGCUUGUCUAUCUACCCCUCGGCCCUAAUAAAGUUCCUCCUGGCAGGCUCAGAGCCACAAACCUUUGGUGCUCAACCCCAUCCCCAAGAGGCCCUCAAAGCCACUCCGGUUCAAGAGGGAGCUCCUGACCCCACCUCUGUCCUGGGACCCCCCUUCAGGGCUAUCCCACAUCAGUGGGAAUUUCCUGGUGCUAACCCACUUCCUGGGGUGGCCCCAGGCCCCCCACAGAUUCCUGGUGCUACUUCAGUCCAAAGAGAGGUCUUUGGUGCUAUCCUCAACCAACAAGAAGCCCUUGGUGCAGGUGCUGGUGCUGGUUCUGGUGCUGCCGCUGGCCCAGACCUGGUUGCCUUCCUUCCCCCGGUCCCGAAUACAAUCGCUCCGAAUAAUGCUCUCCUGCAGUGGCCUGAGCCCCUGAGUGCUGUCACCUAUGGCCAUGAGGUGCAGGGUGCUGUGCCGAUCUUGCCCUUGGGCCCACAACAAGCUCCUGAGCCCUCAUCAGGCUCAGAGUUGAGCUCAGCACCUCCGGUAAUAGCUGCAAGCAAUGUUGAGACAGAGGAGCAAGUUCACCUGGGCCUUCAGGCAGCUGCCACUCGGAGUGUCCCUGUGGCCCUGGGGAGAGGACUUCCCCAGGCUCCGCCGGGCACUGUCCAGCUCUCCCAGGCCGGUCCUGGCACCAUGGGAAGUCAGAGUCCCCACGUCAGCGUGAGAAGCUCUGCUGAUGUCGACCCCACAGCGGCAUCCACGACAGGGUCCCUCACCGGUGCUGCUGCCGCCUCUUCCUAUACCACCCUCCUGCCCACUUUGGAGAAGAAGAAAAGGAAGCGCUGUGGGGUCUGUGGCCCUUGCCAGCAGAAGACCAACUGUGGCGAAUGCACUUACUGCAAGAACAGAAAGAACAGCCAUCAGAUCUGCAAGAAGAGGAAGUGCGAGGAGCUGAAGAAGAAGCCGUCAGUCCUGGUGCCUUUGGAGGUUAUAAAAGAAAACAAGAGGCCCCAGAGGGAAAAGAAGCCCAAAGUUUUAAAGGCAGAUUUUGAAAACAAACCAGUAAAUGGCCUCAAGACAGGAUCCAUGGAAUACAGUAGCGGUGGUCAUGGAGAAGAACAAAGAUCGGAAGUGAACACACAGCAGCUUGGAAAUGUGACAAAACAUGAGGAAAGUAUGGCAGGUAUCGAGGUGGAGAGGUGGAUGCAAAACAAGAAAUCACACUUAUCUGAGCACGUAAAUGGAGACUUCAGUGCAAAUGUCACCGAAGCUGAAAAAUCCAAACAGCCUGAAGAUGACAAGAAUCAAAACAAACCUCAAAAAUUGUUUACACAAACCAUAAGAAAUGGCAUUAAAAAUGUGCCCUGUCUAACAGCUGAAGCAAACACACCAUUUAACAAAUUCAAUAUUGAAGAAUUCGGCAAGGCAUUGGGAAACCAUCCCUACAAACUCCUGAAAGACGCUGCGAACCAUAACAAUGCCAUGAGCUCCACCGUCUCUGGUACGAGCUGUGAUCACCUCAAGGACAAGAGUAACAUCUUCCUUUUCCAAAAGCCUGGCUUUAAUUGCAAAUCUGAAGGUUCUCCAAACUUAAACAGUCAGACCAGCACACGUGGUGAAGGUGACCACCAGCCUAAAACCCCUGAGAACCGAGCAAGUAAAGACCUGCGAGAUGGCUCCCCCAUGCCACCCACGCUCCUCUCCCUCAUGAAAGACAGGAGGCUCACUCUGGAGCAAGUGGUCGCCAUCGAGGCCCUGACCCAACUCUCUGAAGCCCCGUCAGAGAACUCCUCACCAUCCAAGGCGGAGAAGGAGGAUGAAACAGCUCAGAGAACAGCUAGUUUGCUUAACAGCUGCAAAGCCAUCCUCUACUCCGUAAGAAAAGACCUUCGAGACCCUGACUUCCACGGACAGCCGCAAAGCACUCCUCACUGUCCUCUGGAAAAGCAGAGUUCACGCCCCACAGCGAUAUUCAAUGGCCAGAACACCCUGACCAAGCCUCAGAUUGCCCCUGCUACUAACCAAGCACCCACCAAGCCUCUUGAACAUUCGAAAGUCAAAAAUUCAAUAUCCUUUUUAAUACCAAAAUCCAAUUCUUCAAAAAUCGAUGCUAAGAAAAGUGUCACCGGAAGUAGGACUGGUCUUGAUGAUGGUUCACAGAAUUUGCAUCAGGUGCCACCAACAAGUAAUAAAUUGGGAUGUUGUAACCAAUUGCUGGACAGCAGUGAAAAUUUGAAUUCCAAGGAAGAUCAGUCAUUUCAGGACACAUCUUACAGCCAAAUUGAGGAAGAUGUUGCAACGCAGUUAACACAACUUGCAUCAAUGAUUAAAUGCAAUUAUAUAAAGGCAGAGGACAAAAAUGCUGAGAGUCCACCAACAAGCCUUGUUGCCCGUAAUGCACAACAAAAUAGUCAGGAGAAGGGCACAGUACCACAGAAACCACCUUCAACUGUUCAAAACAAUCAUAGUUUAUCUUUAGUAAAGCAAAAGAACACAACCCAGAAGAAGGCAAAGUCUACCCCCACAAGAGAUCGGCGGAAAAAGAAGCCCAUGCUCAUAACCUGUCAAGAAAAUGAUCAGAAACAGCAGGAGCAUAUGUCCUAUGAGUAUAGUAAGUUACAUGACAUUUGGAUUGGAUCCAAAUUUCAAAGAUUUGGCCAGUUUGGUCCACAUGAUUUUCCUCUCCUGCUGGGAAAAAUUCCUCCCUUUUCCAAAGUUUUGAAACCACUGGCUCAAGCCAGUACCACCUUACAACACAAAAAAUUAUUUCCUCCCCUCAGUCAGAUCAAAUUUGAGCGAUACCCUGAAUUAGCACAGGAGAAAAUGGUGAAGGUUGAACCACUGGAUUCCCUUCCGGUGUUUUAUCCGAAGGUCGAAUCGCAGGGGCAGGUGUGUGUGGAUAAAGCCCACAGUCCUCAGGUACAGGCAGCAGUCAAUGGCAACCUGAAAGCUCACCCCUUGUCCCCACCCUCCUGUCCACCUAACCAGUGCGCUAACCUGGUGGCUGGCAGUGAUCAAACACGGUUUCCGCAGGAUGCCCGAGAGCACCUCAGGCCACAGAGACUGGCAGCGCCGCCUGCUGUCUCUCCAGAGACUCCCUUGACGGACCCUGCACAGAUUCUCAGGAACGUGAAUGUAGUCAGUUCAGGUGGAAUUACAGUGGUUUCUCCCAAAAGCGAAGAGGAAGUCUGUUCACCUGGUGUCGGAGCAUCCGAGUUUUCCCCUGUAGACAGUGCACAGAAGAAUUUUCAUGACUAUGCCAUGACGUUCCUCACUAAUCCUGCCAAAAACUUAGUGGCUGCAACAAAAGAUGCAGAAGUGCCAGCCUGCGACUGUCCUGAUCGAGGUAUACAAAAAGACAAAGGCCCAUAUUAUACACACCUGGGGGCAGGACCAAGUGUUGCUGCUGUCAGGGAAAUCAUGGAGAAUAGGUAUGGCCAAAAAGGAAAGGCGAUAAGGAUAGAAAAAGUUGUGUACACGGGAAAAGAAGGAAAAAGCUCUCAGGGGUGUCCAGUCGCUAAGUGGGUUAUCAGAAGAAGCAGUGAGGAAGAGAAGGUUCUUUGUUUGGUCCGGCAGCGCCCAGGCCACCAGUGCGAGACCGCUGUGAUAGUGGUGCUCAUCAUGUUGUGGGAUGGCAUCCCGCUGCCGAUGGCGGACAGACUGUACACGGAGCUCACUGAGAACCUAAAGUCAUACAAUGGUCACCCGACAGACCGAAGAUGUACCCUCAAUGAAAAUCGUACCUGCACAUGUCAAGGAAUUGACCCAGAGACGUGUGGAGCUUCAUUUUCCUUUGGCUGUUCAUGGAGCAUGUAUUUCAAUGGGUGCAAAUUUGGUCGAAGCCCAAGCCCCAGAAGAUUUAGAAUUGAUCCAAGUUCUCCCUUACACGAAAAGAACCUGGAAGAUAAUUUACAGAAUCUGGCUACAGAAUUAGCUCCAAUUUAUAAGCAAUAUGCUCCGGUUGCUUACCAAAACCAGGUGGAAAAUGAACAUGUUGCUCGAGAAUGCCGGCUUGGUCGCAAGGAAGGUCGUCCUUUCUCCGGGGUCACUGCCUGCCUGGACUUCUGUGCACAUCCGCAUCGGGACAUCCACAACAUGAAUAACGGGAGCACUGUGGUCUGCACUCUGACCCGGGAAGACAACCGCUCCCUGGGUGUCGUCCCCGAGGAGGAGCAGCUCCACGUCCUCCCACUGUACAAGCUCUCCGACACGGAUGAGUUUGGCUCCAAGGAAGGUAUGGAAGCCAAGAUCCGAUCAGGGGCCGUACAGGUCCUCCAGCCCACACGCAGGAAGAGGAUGCGGUUCACACAGCCCGUGCCUCGCUCGGGGAAGAAGCGGGCGGCAAUGAUGACUGAGGUUCUGGAGCGCAAGAUCAGGGCAGUGGAGAAGAAGCAGAGUCCUAGGGUCAAGCGGAAGAACAACUCUGUCAUGGCUAACAACAGCAAGGCAACGUUGCUGCCCAUCCCAGGUGAGCCCAGGACCUACCUGUCUCCUCGAAUAAAAAGUGAAACUAAACCCCAUUUUAUCUUCAAAGGUUCAGAGAACACUAAAAGCUAUUCAUCGGUCCCAUCCAUUCCUCACCCUGUGAAAGAGGCAAACCUGUCUCCAGUCUUCUGUCCCCUGAAGCCUCCUCCCUUGACAGCACCUGCAGUUAGGUACCCUAAGAUAGGCUCGCUCGCGUUCCCGGGGAGAAGCAGCGCUGCCCCCUGCACCACGCCUCCCGCGAGACCGGCAGGGGAGAGCGCAGCAGCUCCUGUCCCCGCCCUGUCCCCGCCCGUGCCCGACCCCGCGGAGGAGAAGCUGCCGCACCUGGACGAGUACUGGUCCGACAGCGAGCACAUCUUCCUGGACGCCAGCGUGGGCGGCGUGGCCAUCGCUCCCACACACGGCUCGGUGCUGAUCGAGUGCGCGCGCCGCGAGCUCCACGCCACCACCCCUGUGGCCAACCCCAACCGAAACCACCCCACGCGCCUCUCCCUCGUCUUCUACCAGCACAAAAACCUGAACAAGCCCCAGCACGGUUUCGAACUCAACAAGAUAAAGUUUGAGGCUAAAGAAGCCAAGAACAAGAAAACGAAGUCCUCGGAGCAGAAGGAGCAGGCGGCUGAUGAGGCCGCUGUCUUGUUCCCUGAAGUAAACGAAUGGAACCAAAUCCCUUCUCACAAAGCAUUAACGUUAACCCACAACAACGUUGUCACCGUGUCCCCUUACGCUCUCACGCAUGUCGCAGGGCCCUAUAACCACUGGGUCUGAAGGCUUCUGUCCCCUUCUUGCCUUUGCUAGUGCAGUGUCUUUUUCCAAGGUGCUGUUAAAAGAAAGUCAUGUUGUCGUUUACUAUAUCUUCAUCUCGCCCAUGUCAAGUCUGAGGUUUAAAAAAAAUUUUUUUUAAAGGGUGGGUACUUAACUGUGACUAUAUUUUGACAAUUGGUAGAAGGUGCACAUUUUAAGCAAAAAUAAAAGUUUUAUAGUUUUAAAUACAUAAAGAAACGUUUUGGUUAGGUGUUAACCUUGAUAGAAUUACUCAGUUUGGUGCUUUAAAUUAAGUCUGUUUACUAUGAAACAAGAGUCAUUUUUAGAGGAAUUUAACAGGUUCGUGUUCUAUUAUGUAAAAUCAACACAGUGUUAACUCUACACAGCUCCUGGUGCUUGACCACAUCGACGCAGUUAAAAAUAAGCUGAAUUAUUAUUUCAUGGUGCCACUGUUCCAACAUCUUCCAAUCAUUGCUAGAAAAUUGGCAUAUUCCUUUGAGCCUUUGAGAUAAACCAAUGAAAUGCUUUCUUUCUUAAAAU